AUGAAUCAAGGUGCCACGUGCAGAUGUGUCGUUAAUUUCACCUUAGAUCAACACUUUCCGAAGGACGUGUACUUCUACUAUGCUCUGGAGAACUUUCACCAAAACCAUCGACUUUUCGUAAUCUCGCGUGACGAUGCGCAGCUUCGUGGGAAUGUAGAAAAAACACCCUCUCCAAGAUGUCGCCCAUUGGAUUAUGUUCAACGUGACAAUCUAACGCUGCCUAUUGCCCCAUGUGGAUUAAUCGCUAAUGCUAUCUUCAACGACACGUUUAAUCUGUAUCAGCAGCAUACACCACAACGGCCAGUGCCGCUCAUCGGUGGAGGAUCGGUAUGGCCACACGAACGAACGUUAAAGUUCCGUAAUCCAACCGGUAACCUUCGCCAGGCGCUGGCAAAUUUCUCCCGACCUCCAUCCUGGUCACGUGAAUUAUGGGAACUGGACGCACAAAAUCCCGAUAACAAUGGUUUCCAGAAUGAGGAUCUCAUCAACUGGAUGCGUUCGGCAGCAUUACCCAGUUUUCGCAAGCAACAUCGACGUGUUGACCAUUCGGUUGCAUUUUUUGAAGACGGUUUGCCGAGGGAAAGCUAUACGUUGCACAUCCGAUACACCUACCCGGUAGCAUCGUUCGGUGGACGUAAGUUAGUCAUCCUUAGCUCACCAUCGUGGAUGGGUGCCCGUAAUCCGUUCAUGGGGUACCUGUUUCUAACCGUUGGAACAUUAAUGCUUAUCCUAAGUUGUACGCUUUUUGCUGUGCACUAUUUUUUGUAA